UAUUCCAAAAACGUAAGCUUGUCCGAUGCAUCGGUUGACAGACUCUCUCACGGUCACGGUCACGGUCACGGUCACAGGCCAGCUUGCAGUCCCAUCCGCUUCUUCGGCUUUCCUUCCCCACUCCCCAGUACAUCUCCCCGCUUCCGGCGGUAAAAUUAGAACAAAAAAGCUACUAGUGGUGGUAGGGUAGGAGUAUAAUAAUUUGAGCUCCAGCCGGCUUCAACAGAAUUUGAUUUCUUUCCAGAUUCAUAAUCCUCCAUAUCUUCACCACUCGAGAUGUAAAUUUCUUCUUUGAUCACUCUUCUAAAUCUUCUGGAUCUCCUUUUCUACCCAAAAUUAUCACCUCCACCUGGAUCUCUCACCUCCAUUGUUAGUUUUUACCUCAAGUCCGUAAGCGUUUUCCUUUUCAAUCAUUUCUUUUUUUUACUUGCUCAUUUGUAAGUUAAAGUUGAAUCUCAGCUCUUCAUUUCUUUGUGAAGCUCAUUUUUCAGGUGAAUUUUUUUUUCCUAAAAGUUAAUUAAUUUCGUGGAAUACCUCGAUUUUAACGAAGCUAUGCAGUAGGACUGUUGCAUUUUUCAUUUGAAACUUAUGCAUUUAACGUUGAAUUGGUUAAAUUUCUUUGUAAAUUUGUAAAAUUUUGAUUAAUUUAUGUUACGAAAUUAAUCAGCUCUAUGCUUUCUAGAUUAGUAAGGUAGUAGUAGAACUUAGUAAUAUAAAUGUCAUCGCUGCUAAGAACGCUGUCGCUGUACCACGAUCGGCCGUAUCAGAACGGAGGAAAUCAAUUUUCCGUUAACUCGCCGUCUCACAGGGCGUUAUCCAAUGCCAAAAGUUCGUCUCCGUUGUCGCCGUUCUUUCCCGGUGUACUUUCACAAAAAAGUUCGCGUAAAGGCAUGAGCUCGUGGAAAAAAUGGUUUUUUAGGUGUUUGAUAUUUUUCUCGCUGGGGUUUCUAUUAGGCAUGGCUCCCUUUGGGGGAUAUGAGGAUGUUAAAGGCCGUGAUUUCUCGUUCGAGGAGAAUACCAUGGCAAAGUCGGCAGAAAAUGAUGAGGGGGAUGUGAGGAAUUUGUUGGUUGUGGAGGCGAAAGGUGGGGAAGGUUUAGUCGUGGAUAAAGUUGAAUUACGGGUUGUUGAGGAAAAAGAAGUGAAGGAGCGGUUUGAUUUUGUUCCACGGAAGCAGUUGAUUGUGGUGACACCGACGUAUAAUAGGGCACUUCAAGCUUAUUAUUUAAAUAGGUUAGGACAGGUUCUGAGGCUGGUGCCGCCGCCAUUGUUAUGGAUUGUGGUAGAGAUGAAUGUUGCAUCGUUGGAGACUGCAGAUAUUUUGAGGAAGACUGGGGUUAUGUACAGGCAUUUGGUGACUACCAAGAAUUUGACGGAUGUAAAGGACAAGAGCGUGCAUCAAAGAAACACAGCACUGGAGCAUAUUGAGAAUCAUAAGCUUGAUGGGGUUGUGUAUUUUGCUGAUGAUGAUAGUAUCCAUUCACUCGAGUUAUUCGAGUGCUUGAGAGAAAUCAGGCGUUUUGGUACUUGGCCGGUUGCAAUGUUGGCUCAAACUUGGAAUAAGGUGGAGUUGGAAGGUCCCGUCUGUAAUGGGAGUCAAGUAAUUGGAUGGCAUACAAAUAAGAGUAAAGGACUUCGUAGAUUCCACAUCGAUAUGUCAGGUUUUGCUUUCAAUAGUACAAUAUUGUGGGAUCCAAAAAGAUGGCAACGUCCAACUUCAGAUCCAAUUCGGCAGUUAGAUACUGUGAAGGAGGGUUUUCAUGGAACCACAUUUAUCGAGCAAGUUGUAGAAGAUGAAAGCCAAAUGGAAGGCCUUCCUCUUGGUUGUUCAAAGAUACUGAAUUGGCACCUCAAGCUGGAAGCACGUGAACUUUUUAAUUCUAAAGCUUCACUGCUGCAGAAGAACCUUGAUGCUUGAGCUAAUUGUUGCAAUUUACACUGGCCAAUAUACCUUUUGAUGCAGCACAGCAUAUUGUGGUAGACCACCUUCAUCUAAAAGCAGGGCAUUGCAUCAUGUGAUCCUCCACAAGCUGAAGCAGUUCAUGUUGGAACAUAGACGUUGAAGCAAGAAUCAGGAACUUUUGUUUGUAGCUGUUUUCUGUUUUCAUGCCAUUUUUGGUAAUAGCGAGGAACAUUCCGUAUAAUGGUGGAAGGUGGAUAUUCUUUUAGUUUCUUCAAAAAUUUCCUUUUUAUAUUUAUCAUCAUUUUUUCAGUGAA